AUGGUUAGGCUUCACCAGGACAUCUUGGAGGCCAUCACCGAGUUCCUGGACACAUACCCCGAUCUACUCGCCGUCUCGCUCACAUGCUCCGCACUCCGCCCCAAAGCAGUUCAAUGUCUUCUGAGUCUACGCCCUGUCACCCUCACCAACGAACGGAUUGUACGCGCUUUCCACGACUUUAUCUACAUCGACCCAGAAGUGCGUGGACGACACAUACGUGGACUAGUCACCCCGCUCAGAUACUCUCGCCGAGGCCUCAUUCCCCACGACUCAAACGCAGACAUCGCGACUAUUUUCAUUGCAAUCAUCAAAAGCGCGACUCGCCUCAAGCACCUCACAUUAUCACUAAGCGAUCUCUACCCCUCGUACCUGGAUGAUAGUAGGGUCGUUCCCGUUGUGGGUGGUUUGUCUACCCUAGAAGACUUAGCGGUCCUUGGAGAUUCACAGCGAGGUCAUGAGCUUCUCAGGAUCAUGCAAUCUCCAGUUCGGACCAUCCGCAUCCGCAACAUCAACUACGACCCUGCCUCUCCUGUGUACCUUGACAGCAUGUCGAACCUCGCCGCUACCUUGGAGAGCCUCGAGCUUGGUCUGGGUCAGAUAUACAUCCACGAAUUCGAGACACGGCCUCGUUUCCCCUCCGUACAUUCGCUUACGAUUGCUAUCGUCCGUGGUCUACCGCGCCUCGAUGCCCUCCUGCACAUGUUCCCGUCCCUAAGUGGGAGCCUCUUCCUGUUCCACCCGUCGCCCAUAGCGUUCAAUGAGGACACGAUACGCCAGAGCAACAAGAGAGCACAGGAAUCGAGCUCAAACAGCUGGAAGCGGAUUGACCACGUCUCCUGCCCUCCCAAACUCCUUUUUGCGUUGAACAUCAGCUGCUCCAUCCGCCGUAUAACGCUUGAUUGUUGGGACGACCUCGAAUUUGAUGUCUACAUCUCGGAAAUUUUGCGUGCCACGCCCCCGCAGUUCCUCGAGCUGACCAACCUCCGGCUCGUGCCACCUGUACUAGAUGUCCUCUCCAGCGGGCUCUUCCCUACGGAGGUGCGAACAACGAUGACACAUCUCCUGCUCACCAUGCGGUGCGACGGCGUCUCCCUUGACGAGCUUGGACUACGGGACAUUCCAGCUCCUCUGCAAUGGGACAGCCUGGUGGAUAGAAUCUGCUCAGUCAUUAAAUCGCUGCAGCAUCUAGCCUACCUCCGCGUCAUCAUCGAGUGCUUCGUUCAACCGAACCACUUUGACGCUGCCUACACAGCUGAAUUCGUCACUGUCGUGCGCCACCGCGAAGGUUCUCAUUGGCGUCGCGCUGCAGAGGUCCUUGUCGCCGCCGUACCGUCCUUGCGAACCAUCGUCUUCACGAGCAAUGGGCUCAUACUCAACGCUGGUUACUGGAGGCUGGCGAGCGGAUGGACUCAGUGCGCCGCUAGCGGCGACACUUCCGCUGAAGAUGGGGUCGGUGACGACUUGGGCAGACAUUGGCGCGUAGAGGAACUUGGAAGCGAGGAGAUGAAGUCGGUCUUAGAGAGGGAGGGUCUGAGUAACGCUCGAGAUGAGACACUUGAGCUCUGGGACUUAGUCGCCGACGAAUUGGUGAGCUGA